AUGCUCGAGCUAGGCAAAGAAUUAGGUCUUGUUUACGAUAAAGAAGGGCUUACGAAUCUCAGCCCAUCCAUCGCUGAAUCGUCAAUAUUAGUAGAAGCUGGAGCUUAUCGGCAGUUCCUUGUCCAUGCCGAUGAGAGUAUAAGGAUUUCGGUCCUGUCUUUGCUCAUAACGGACCUAGCGACAGCAAAACCAUUUCCUCCGGCAACUUUUGAAGCUUUGAUGGCCAGCCUUCCUUACUUGCAUGCGGAAACCGAUUCGCACACUCGCAGUCAGCUUAUGAGCAUCCUGAGAAAGUUGGUUAUCAGACUUCGAGGCAGCUCUAACACAGUUCAAGCAACGGAUGGGGCGAACUCCGAGGCCGACAUUGGUAGAUUAGACCGAAGAGAUUCUGCACCUGAUGCCAAGUUGUUUAUUCACUGGUAUAUCGAUUUCCUCGAAAGCGAACUUCAACCUUCUGCCUCGUACCAAAAACAUAUACUGGCUCUGAAGGCUUUGAUGUUGCUCCUACAAUCCGGAGUUGAUGACCGAAUGGACAUCGUGCACUACUCUAAACUAGGUCAGGAACAACAGACAUGGCGGUUCAGCAUAGCAGUAUUCAAGCCCAGCCUUUUCAGGGCCAUUGCAGACCUACUACUUGAUCCCUAUGAUGAUGUUAGAGAGACGGCGAUGAUGCUCCUCCGCUUGUUUCCUUGUGAAUUUCUCCAAGCCUCCUCAGACCCUUCAACCCCAAGCCCAUAUUCCCAGUUACAAUCCGCUCUAAUUAGAACAGAAAAGAUGGCUGGACAUACUAGCAGGGCUGACCACGCAGAUACUGUUGGUCGGUUAUAUCGUCUCCUUUUCGACCUUUCCGGCACAGUUGACAGAAACUCGAAUCACAGUAGCGCUGCCUAUAAUAUUGUCGAUACGAUAUUAACGAAUUUAGAACAAAGUAUCCCGGGUGCUCCUGAAUUAUUCCACGCUACCCUUCACAACACGCCUCUUCAAGGGCAUAUUUCUGCUCUGAGGUAUAUCGUGGCAACCCCAAAUUUUUACCUUCUCGUUUCUUCUUCAGACAAUUCGACCCCAUCUUGGUUGUUCUUCCUCGAAAGGAUUCUAUCGAUUUGUUUUCGAGUUUGGUCCGGCGUGCGAGAUAUUCUCUGCGUUGACUCACCUGAACGAGAACAUGAAAAUCCAGACGAAGAUUUGGCUGGCCCGAAAGAUGUCUUGUCAUUCUCAUGGCGUGCAUUGCGUGAAUCAAGUGUCUUGCUCAAUGCCAUUCUGGUUAACACGACGUUUGCCCCUGGUGGCUCUGAAAUUGGGAUUGGAUACGAGUCGCUCUCCAAGAUAGGGAAGUUGAGUCUCGAGCAGUUAGCUGAAUUGCGGCACAGGGGUGCUUUUUCCACAGUUUCGCAAACCUUUGCCUCUUGCUGCCAGCGCUGCUUCCAGUCCAAGGAUGUUGCGAUCCGUGACCUACCGGCUGUGUGGUACAAGAACACCGUUCGGAUUAUCUACGACCAAGGCUCGAGGCUUACCAGAAGGUCUGCCGGCCUCCCGGCCAUAAUCACUGGGAUCGCCUCGUCUCAGCCGAAGGGUGAUUUAUUCCGACAAAUCAUGGAAGAGCUUCAAGAUAUAUCGCGGACGAGCCCUAUGGAAGCCUCUAUUAAUUCGAAUUUAGAAUUACCGCAAGUCCAUGCGUUGAAUUGCCUGAAGGAUGUUUUCACAAAUACAUCACUCGCCUUGAGCACGGAACAGUACAUCAUGUCGGCGCUGCACAUAUCAGCUGAUUGUCUGGGAUCCAAAAUCAUUCCAUUCGGAAAAUAUCACGGAUUAGUGCCGCUAUUGUCUGGCCUUUUGGAUGCUGUGCCCGACGCACCGGGUUAUGGGGCCAAAGCCUCUGGUACCUGGGAUCUCUCCAUUCUCACUGAGCGAGUUUUUCCGGCCCUUGAGUUGAUUGGGAACAAGGCUCCGUCUCGUCCUUCUAGUGAUGAUGCUAUUCUAAGGAAAUUAGCAGAGUCUCAAUUUGCAAAUCCAGUCUGGGGAAUAAGAGACCAUGCAGCUAGGACUUAUGUUUCUUUGAUAAAGCGAGCUGACCUUUUGCAAACUGCUCAAGGGUUUUCUACACCCGAACUUCCAGUUCAGCCUCCAAAUCAAAUCCAUGGGACUCUGUUAUGUAUCAAAUAUUUGAUCGAAAGGUUAUUGGCAUCUCCUUCCGGAUACUGGCGUGGUAAUAUUGACGGUAUGAUGGCGACAAUCGAGAACAUCUUCGAAAAUAGCUACUCUAUAAAAUUAGCACCCUAUAUCCAAGCUUGUUUUUUUGAAACCUUGGCGAAUAUCUUGGAAGCUAGCAUUGAAUGUCGACUACAAGAUGAUAUCUUGCUUCGCUUCGACGCCAUAUAUGAAAAUUAUCAUCUAAAGCAGCUUUUGGAUGAGGUUCUGAUUUCAAAGCCGACUUCCUCAGUUUCCCGAUCAUCGUCCCUACUCGUACGGUACCUUGCCUUCAGCAGAAUUUUGCUAGAGUUGCUCAAAGGGUCUUCCUUAGAAGAUUUAGCACGGCUUAUCGAAACUAUUUCUACCUCGGAUAUCGAUGCGGGCCCAUGGAUAUUGGAUCGGUUGCAUCGAAUCUUCCCUCAUUGUGCGGCUACUCAGUAUAACGUGAUCCAGUUAUACUCCAAUGUUAUUUUACACACCCAAUCUCAGCGUCUCAAAACUGCAGCAAUGUCCAACCUGGCAGUAUCAUUGGAAGGCAUCUAUCAAAAACAAACAAAGUUCCCUUCUGGGCUUGGAUUUUUGACACUUUUGGCGAAAUCCAAGCGCUUCUUUACCGAAGAGAUUGGCGGUCCAUUCUGGGACCGUGCGAGGUUUAAUACCGCAAUGCACUUGGAGGGUUGUUUAUUCCCCCUCCGAGUCCAAUCCGUGAGAGAUCUAGAAAACCCAGAAAUAGUGAAGGAUUUGCGGCAAUUAGUUCUGGUGCUGUCGUCCGCUAUGUCGGAGGAAACGGAAUUCUCAACAAGAUAUUCCGCCGUAUCUUCUCUGAAAUGUUUCAUACUUGGGCUUCAAAAAAUGGACGUAACCCGACCUUAUUCCCAUGAUCUGAUUGACAUUUAUUUCAUAUUAUACGAUAUGCUGAACGACGAUGACGAGGAAAUAAGGGAUACAGCAGCGCAUAUCGCUUCGGAAUGCCACUUGGCUGAAUUCACCAUGCCCAGGCUGCCUCUUGCAACUAGCGUGAUGCUGGCAGGAAACCUAUCUCGACUUUUCCCGCAAUCUUACAAGGUUUUUGAGGGUGCGCUUUUCCAUCUUCUCGGAAAUCCCAGGGAUAGGCAUCCCUUUCCUCGCGUCGCAGAUGAGCUAGCGGAGUUUCAAAAGGAGAGUACAGUUCUCUUCCUUGAGGAAAAGCAAAAUCUAUACAUUGAUGAAGUCCGAGAAAUUGAGAUUUGGUCCAGCGUCCUUAUUCAGUUGGAUUAUAAUGGCCUUCCUACGAAUCCAUUAAGGUCCGAUUUCGUUUCUUGGGUGGCUGGUGGCCUUGAAGCUCUAUACGAUGAGCUCCGUAAAGAUCAAGCAAAGGGGAUAUUGGGCUGGACCUCGCGGUCCGACUCCUUUGCAUUGAGCCUGAGGCUCGUUCAUGGAGCGAAAAUUCUGCUCCUCACAGAUGGACUGGGCGGUACUGAAUACAACCCUAAGUUCGACUCAUCCAGGAUUCGUGUUAUCCUAGAGAAGUUGGCCGAUCUUGGUGAUAUUGCCGGAAUGUAUGGGCUUUGGAUAGCAGCAGUUAACUCUGUUCUAAACCCUUCAGACACAUCCAAGAUGUGUUUCCAAACUAGCUUCGAUGCUGUUAGCACUGAACUGGCAGUCCGGUGA